CAUGGCGAGCGUCGAGCGAGAGUGGGCUCUGUUUUUAACGCUCCCCUGCAAAGGGAACUGAGCCAGUGGGUUCUGUUUUAAAGUGCAGCCAGCUCCGACCUACUACACCCUCGUUGAAGAGCUUGGCUGGUAGGGUUUUGCUUGCUCUCCACCGGAAGAUUGCAGCGCCGUUUUCAAGCAGCACCUUCUCUAACAUUUUAGUUGUUUAUACUUUAGGAUCUGGUGAUGGAUGCACAAGAUGGAGAUGGUGCACCAGAAGUGUUGCCACCUCCCCCACCUGUUCCACCCGAUACGGUUCCAUUGGAAGCCGAACCAGAGCAUGCUCCUGCAACAAUGAAAAAGAAGGCUGUACGCGUCCCAAUGGGUAGACGUGGUCUCGGAUCCAAGGGGCAGAAGAUUCCUCUUCUAACUAAUCACUUCAAAGUGAAUGUGACCAAUGUUGAUGGGCACUUCUUUCACUAUAGUGUUUCGGUUUUUUAUGAAGAUGGUCGCCCUGUAGAUGGCAAGGGUGUUGGAAGAAGAGUGAUUGACAGAGUGCAGGAAACAUAUGACACAGAGCUAGCAGGAAAGGACUUAGCAUAUGAUGGGGAGAAGAGCUUGUUUACAGUUGGUCCACUUCCUCGGAAGAAAAUGGAAUUCACUGUUGUGAUUGAGGAUGUUUCUUCAAAUAGAAACAAUGGUAAUUGCAAUCCCAGUAGUCCUAAUGAGAAUGAUCGAAAGAGGCAGCGACGCCCAUACCAAUCAAAAACGUUUAAAGUAGAGAUAAGCUUUGCUGCUCAAAUUCCUAUGCAGGCCAUUGCAAAUGCAUUACGUGGUCAGGAGUCAGAGAACUUUCAAGAAGCUGUAAGAGUUCUGGAUAUAAUCCUGAGACAGCAUGCAGCAAAACAGGGUUGUCUCCUUGUUCGCCAAUCUUUCUUCCAUAAUGAUCCAAGGAACUUUGCAGAUGUUGGAGGUGGGGUCCUUGGCUGCAGAGGAUUCCAUUCUAGUUUCCGGACCACCCAGGGUGGCAUGUCUCUAAACAUGGAUGUAUCUACCACCAUGAUAAUUCAACCUGGGCCAGUAGUUGAUUUUCUGAUUGCAAACCAGAAUGUGAAAGAUCCUUUUUCAAUUGAUUGGGCUAAGGCCAAACGCACACUCAAGAAUUUGAGGAUAAAGAUACAUCCUUCCAAUGCAGAGUACAGAAUAACUGGACUGAGUGAGAAUCCUUGCAAAGAGCAGACGUUUUCAUUGAAACAAAGGGCAAGAGAUGAUGAAGGCGAAGCUCAGGCACUCGAAUUGACUGUUUAUGAUUAUUUCGUGAAUUACCGCCAUAUAGAGUUGCGUUAUUCUGGCGAUUUGCCAUGCAUUAAUGUUGGGAAGCCAAAGCGCCCUACGUACUUCCCUCUUGAGUUAUGCUCUUUGCUUUCCUUGCAACGUUACACAAAAGCUCUAACCACUUUCCAAAGAGCUUCACUAGUGGAAAAAUCAAGGCAAAAGCCUCAAGAAAGGAUGCGAGUAUUGAGUGAUGCUCUAAAAGUGAAUAAUUAUGAUGCUGAGCCUAUGCUUCGAUCUUGUGGCAUUUCAAUCAGCACUAACUUCACUCAAGUUGAAGGCCGCGUCCUCCCACCACCAAGGUUGAAAUUUGGAAAUGGAGAAGAGUUCUUUCCUCGGAAUGGACGAUGGAAUAUUAACAAUAAGAAACUAGUGGAGCCAACAAAGAUUGAGCGCUGGGCUGUCGUGAACUUUUCGGCUCGUUGUGAUGUACGUGGCCUAGUUAGAGACUUGAUCAGAAUUGGAGAAACAAAAGGAAUUCAUAUUGAGCCUCCAUUCGAUGUGUUUGAUGAGCAACCACAAUAUAGACGUGCCCCACCUCCUAUUAGAGUGGAAAAGAUAUUUGAACAAAUACAGUCAAAACUUCCGGGGGCUCCUCAAUUUCUUCUUUGUCUGCUUCCAGAUAGGAAGAACUGUGAUAUAUAUGGUCCGUGGAAGCGAAAGAAUCUUGCUGACUUUGGAAUUGUGACUCAAUGCAUGGCACCAACAAGGGUCAACGACCAAUAUCUUACAAAUGUUAUCCUUAAGAUUAAUGCGAAGCUCGGUGGAUUGAAUUCAGUGUUAGCUAUUGAACAUUCUUCCUCUAUUCCCUUGAUAUCCAAAGUUCCUACUCUAAUUCUUGGGAUGGACGUAUCGCAUGGCUCACCUGGUCAUUCUGAUAUACCCUCAAUUGCUGCGGUAGUGAGUUCCCGUCAGUGGCCACUGAUUUCUCGUUAUAGGGCAUCUGUCCGUUCGCAGUCUCCCAAGGUUGAGAUGAUGGCUUCACUAUUUAAACGUGUCUCUGACACUGAAGAUGAUGGGAUUAUUAGGGAGCUGCUACUGGAUUUCUAUGUGAGUUCAGGGAAACGGAAGCCUGAACAGAUUAUCAUAUUCAGAGAUGGAGUCAGUGAAUCCCAGUUCAACCAAGUUCUCAACAUCGAACUUGAUCAGAUCAUUGAGGCUUGCAAGUUUCUCGAUGAGAACUGGUCGCCAAAAUUUGUUGUUAUUGUUGCACAGAAAAACCAUCACACAAAAUUUUUCCAGUCUGGAUCUCCAGAAAAUGUUCCACCAGGUACUGUGAUAGACAACAAAAUAUGUCAUCCACGGAACAAUGACUUCUACUUGUGUGCACAUGCUGGAAUGAUUGGGACUACAAGACCCACACAUUACCAUGUGCUGUUAGAUCAAGUUGGUUUUUCAGCUGAUGAACUCCAGGAACUAGUACAUUCUCUGUCCUACGUGUACCAGAGAAGCACAACUGCCAUCUCUGUUGUUGCUCCAGUAUGUUACGCCCACUUGGCGGCCACCCAGGUGGGGACAUUUAUAAAGUUCGAGGACACAUCAGAGACCUCGUCGAGUCAUGGAGGAAUGACGUCGGCAGGAGCUGUUCCUGUACCUCAGCUGCCCAAAUUGCAGGAGAAUGUUUGCAGUUCCAUGUUCUUCGUCUAAAGGCCGGCCGGCCUGCCCCAAAUCCGAGAUGGUGUGUGUGUGUGUGUGUGUGAGAGAGAGAGAGAGAGAGAGAGAGAGACUUUGGCUGUAUAUAUAUAACCUCGCAUUUGCCAUUUGGUGUGGGGCUGUGACCUUUCUCCUCCAUGGUGUAUUUGUUUUGGCUAUUGUCUGUUUUGUUAUCCUUUUUAUGGUAUGGAUGGCUGGAGCUUGUGAAGAAUGAAUCCCCCUUGGUACUUGAGGGAGGGUGUUUUUGUGCU